CGAGCCACACCGCUCAGCUCGCGCUGAGAACAUCUCACAGACUCGCGCGACAUCAACAACAAUGGCAAAUCGUGUUCUGUUUUGGUAGAUUUCUGAUAGGAGCUGCGCUAUCCGAAACUACAUGGUCACACCUAAUUUAAUCCUCGAUUUGAACGCGACGUUUGAAGCCGUGCUUGUUCGUUUGCGGUUACAUUCUUCGGUGUACGUUUUCUUUUGAAAAUGUGCGAGGCGUUCUCUGAGUCUGUGCAUGUGUGUCCCUGCUGCUUUUCUGCUGGGCUACUGCUACUAACCUAGCUGCCUUUCAGACGGUGGUUAGCCAGCGUUAGCAUUGGCUCGUUUUUUACUAGUCAAAAGAAGAAAUAGGUGAAUGUAAAUCUUAUUUUUAUUAUAGGAUUUAUGCAACCAAUCUCUAAUCGCUUAUUGUCACUGCUGGGUGCGGAAAGAAGUAUUGUAUGAUUUGUCGUAGAAAACACUUUGCUGGCUAGCUGAAAGGCUAGCUAUUUGAUUGUAUUCUUCGACUGAAGAAAACGGCGAGUUUUCUUUUAAAGUAUGGAUGAUCAGACCAGGAUGCUGACGGGGCUCACCGGACUCGGUGGACUAUCGCAACCCGAUGUCGGUGACCCAGACUCGGUCAGGAAACAGCAAUCUCUCGGUCAACCGCAACAAGACAUUGGGGAUAUUCUUCAGCAAAUAAUGGCCAUCACCGACGAAAGCUUGGACGAAGCACAGGCCAGGAAGCAUGCCUUGAACUGUCACAGAAUGAAGCCAGCGCUCUUCAGCGUUCUCUGUGAGAUCAAAGAGAAGACGGUGCUGAGCAUACGAGGUGUGCAGGAGGAAGACCCGCCGGAUCCCCAGAUCAUGCGGCUGGACAACAUGCUACUAGCAGAAGGUGUAUCAGGACCAGAGAAAGGAGGAGGAUCAGCUGCAGCAGCUGCAGCUGCAGCAGCAGCAGGGGGCUCACCUACCGACAGCAGCAUUGAACACUCUGACUACAGAGCCAAGCUCGCCCAGAUCCGUCAGAUAUAUCAUUCUGAGCUGGAGAAAUAUGAGCAGGCCUGCAGUGAGUUCACCAACCAUGUUAUGAACUUGCUGAGGGAGCAGUCUCGCACACGACCCAUCUCUCCCAAGGAGAUUGAGCGCAUGGUGGCCAUAAUCCAUCGUAAAUUCAGCUCCAUUCAGAUGCAGCUCAAACAGAGCACCUGCGAGGCCGUCAUGAUUCUGCGUUCACGCUUCCUUGAUGCCAGACGCAAAAGACGCAACUUCAACAAGCAAGCUACAGAAGUUCUGAACGAGUAUUUCUACUCCCACUUGUCCAACCCUUACCCUAGUGAGGAAGCAAAGGAGGAACUGGCCAAAAAGUGUGGGAUCACUGUGUCUCAGGUCUCUAAUUGGUUUGGCAACAAGAGAAUACGUUACAAGAAGAACAUUGGUAAGUUCCAGGAGGAAGCAAACCUCUACGCAGUCAAAACAGCGGUGGAUGCUGCCAAUGUGUCAGCGCAGGCUAGCCAGGCUAACUCUCCGGCAACGCCCAACUCAGGUGACACUUACCUUGGCUUGCAUUCCCUCAAUGGUGAAGGUCUGAACUUCACCCCCUCUCUACAGCCUCAGGUGGAUACCCUGCACCGUGUUACACACCUGACGGGCGGUUAUGAGGCGUUGUCAAGUAGUGGACUCUUCAGCCCUCAUCGUCUCGAUGCUAACAGCUGGCAGGACACCACCAACCCCCCCUCAGUUACCUCCCCUCCCGGUCCUCCUGGCAGCGUACACUCAGACACUUCCAACUGAUUUGGUGGUUCUCCCCGCUUUUACUUCAUUCCCACUGCGUCUGCUCUACGAUCUUUUGUCCCAGUUUCUUAUUGCUCCCUUGUCGACAAGCCGCACGAGGCUGUAAACACAUCUCACACACACUUGCUGUGCUGGAACACGAGACAGCCCACAGAAACCGAGGCUUCCUCCCUUCAACUCCAUUCUAGUGCUCCAGUCUUCUAAGCCAGAACUGAGGAGUGGAGCACACUGAUGCUGUCAAGAACUGAUUGGAAACCACUGAUCCAGCUGUGUAGAUGAUCGUGUUGUCUGUACAUUAUGUGUAUCUGCACGUUACCUUGACACAGGACUCGAACAGCUUGUUCGUGUGCGGCUGACACCUACACUCGACUCGCUGCUUUGGGAACCCGUGUGGAAUUGCCCGUAUCUGCUCAAGCCUUGGGACCUGACAGCCUGACUGUGGAUAUGGACCACCAGGGAGCUCUGCUCACCUUGCUUGUACCAAAGUGCUGCCCCAGUGUUCCUCUACGAUUACCCCCUGCCAGCUCGACACAAGACACCGUUGCGUCGUCUUGUCCUUACAACUUGGUGUAUCAUUCUAAGUUUGAUGUGAAAAACUGAUAAAUGCACAAACGUGCAUGCAAAUACCCCCCAUAACCUACAUAUCACACGUUUUUCAGCUGUUUUCAUACCGAGCUGACAUUGAACAGGUGUGUCAAGCACAAAUGUUAGCAUCCUUGUUAUGAGUUUGUACCUUUUUAGGAAGGUAGUUGGGUCACUGUUCUAAACAGGGCAGGGCAAGUGAUCACGGCUGGUGAGAGGAGCAGAUCUUUGGUUAAGUGGGUGUAAUUAAUAGCCCUUUGUGUUGCUAACCAUAGAGGGUGUUGUUAGAUGGCUUGUAGACUUCUUACUUUCUUGUCCACUAGUUUAUUUGAUUGUAGGCUUUUUUCUAAUGCUGUUUCACCAAGAAUGCACCAGCCACCACCAAAAAUUAGCUCAAUAAAGCAUCUUUAUGGCAGAAAGGAAGGGCAGAAAGAUUGUGGGGCAUCGAUGUGUUAUUGGGUCAAACGUGACAUGAAUUUAGAAAUGUGACUGUCUUCCAUGCAUGUAGGACUUCUAGGUGUGAAAUUGUUUUCAUUUAAUCUUCCGAGUUUGAGUUAAAUUUUUAUUAAUGAAAAAAGGUAAAAUUAUUACAGUCAGACCAAAAAUGAGAAAGUGCAUCAUGUAUCGCUCUGAUGUGUCUUCGUGGGUGUGUGUACAGGGUUCCUGGGACGUCCUAGUCAAACUGGCGAGUGUCCAUUUGAACUUUGUAGACAUUAUUUAGACUUGGUGCUUCUACCAGCUAACAUCACACAAGGUGGGCUUCAAGUGAGAUUUCCUCCCCAUCUUGUAAUGCUGAAGCUUGAGAGCCCGAGGCAACGCAUCACCACCUGUUAUACCAAAACCAAAAAUACCAAGUUCAGCAAUGUAGUAAUGUUACUCCGUCUCUUUAAAGUUGGUGCACAGCCAUUUUCUAAGUUUGAGGUAAGGAGGGAGUUAUAUUUGUGUCUGUGUCUCUUUGUGGUGUUGUCAUGCCUCAAGUCGUUUUCAGUUUUUGGAUGUUUUGUUAGGGGCUUCAUAAAGGUUCUGGGUGAAAGGUCAUCACGCCUGAGCGUCAAAGGAAUGCUUUUAUUCAUCAUUUAAUAUCCUCCAGUAAAACCUACCUUUUCUUCUGUGGCCAAUUAGGCAAGGGCUUCUUUCCUGUUACCAAAAAAGGCAGGUGGUGUGUGGUAAAGCUCCCAACUUUAAAACAAACCUGCAACAUUUGGGGGAUUUAACAGUUUUUGUAUAUCAACUUACCUGAACAGCGACGCAUUUUGAUAGUAAGCCUUAAAGAUUUUGUUCAAACACGUCACAGAGCAAAACCGGAGCUUGAAAGCUGGUCACAUUUGAUAUCAUGUUAAAGUUUUGGGUUUUGCUUCUCACAGCAGUUUGUACAUCUGCAUCUUGUGAGAAAUGUUAGUCACACCAAAUUAUCAUGCGUGCCCCUUUUUCUACCUGUUGUAAUGGAUGUCACUGUACAGUUUGUGUAAUGUUUCAGUAUUUUUUUUUUCCUUUUAUAAAAGUUGAGAUGUCCACAAUCUCAUAAAACACAAUAACUCUAUCAACUUAUUAUUAUUAUUUAGGUCUUUUGUUAUGUAACCAAGUUGCAAGUUGUAGGGUUAACAAAUGUGUAACACGGUGCUGUGGAACUAGUCCACACGUCAGAACCGCCGCCGUCUGCUGCAGUCACUUAAAUAUUACAGCUAAUGAUUAAAUCAGUACUUUGUGGCCCGUUCACUCUGCAGCAGAGCUGUGACUCUAAACAUGAAGUUGUUAUUUGUAAACGUUUUUCAAAUCUGUUGAUUCUGCAAGUGAUGACCUGAGUUCCACAGCACCAAAUGGCUUUAUGAACUUUAAUUUGUUUUUAUUAGUAUAUUUGUAUCGCCCUUUCUCCCCUGUAUUUACCCCUCUCUCUACCUCUGUCUUUUCCUUUCUCGUGUAUAUAACCCCGCUGUUUUCAGACUCGUGAGUCUGCAUAAACUCCUUUUAUACCUCAACUUUAGAAUCGAUCUAGAAAGAGUAAAACAAAAAUAAUAUGACAAAUUGUAGUGUUCUUAUUAGAAAAUUAAUAAAUAAUUUAGUGUGAUUUUUUUCAGUAUUUCAUUUUAGGAGUGUUUCAUUUUAUAAUUUGUCACAAAUGCUCUUGUGAUAGUCAAAUGUAAUAAAAGGAGAGAUUGCACCAUC